AUGGGUUGUGUCCACAGCUCCGUGCGGAUGCAGAAGCUCCAGGAGGACGGAGGAAGUCCCAUCAAGAAGAGCCUCAUCCAAGUUCAGUCUGAAGUUCACCCAGAGAUCCUGGAGCUGACCGAGUUUGUGUCGUCAGGGAAACACAGCUUCACUGAGAAAAGUUUCAGAAGACAAGUUUGUGAUGUCUGCAGAAAGAACAUCUCAAAGAAUGGGAAUAUCUGCACAGAUUGUAAAGUGGCGGUGCACAAGUCAUGUCAGCCCAAGUCCAUUGUAAACCGCUCUCCUCUCCCGCACGCGCUCAGUGGAGACUCCCCGCACGCGCUCAGUGGAGACUCCUCUCCCGCACGCGCUCAGUGGAGGACGCAGAGGAGCAGGGAGCAGAAGGUGUUGUCCUCGUGUCCGUCAGCUCUCGACCAGCUCGGCUGCAGCAGUAGAUCGUCGUCCCUGAAGAAGAGAGGCUCCCUCCCAAGGAGUCGGAGUGUGGAGCACGUGAUGGAGCAGAGAUAUGACUUUGAUCUGACCUACAUCACAGAGAGGAUCAUCUCUGUGUUCUUCCCGGAGCUGGACGAGCCGCAGUACCACCACAACAUCCAGGAGGUGGCGCUGAUGCUCAAGAACAAGCACCACGACAAGUAUAUGCUUCUAAAUUUAUCAGAGAAAAGACAUGACAUCACCAAGCUCAAUGCAAAAGUGCAGGACUUUGGCUGGCCGGACCUCCACGCUCCUCCUCUGGACCGGAUCUGCUCUGUGUGUAAAGCCAUGGAGAGCUGGAUCCAACAAGACCCACAGAAUGUGGUGGUCCUACAAUGCAAGGGAAACAAAGGGAAGACCGGAGUGAUCAUCGCGGCCUACAUGCACUACAGCAAGAUCUCUGCAGGAGCGGACCAGGCCCUGACCACUUUAGCCAUGAGGAAGUUCUGCGAAGACAAAGUGUCCUCGUCUCUGCAGCCGUCUCAGAACAGAUACAUCUACUACUUCGGGGGCCUCCUCUCUGGCACCAUCCACAUGAACAGCAGUCCUCUGUUUCUGCAGCAGAUACUGAUCCCAGUUCUGCCGCACUUUCAGCCUGGAGCAGGCUUCUUCCCCUUUGUGAAGGUGUACCAGUCUCUGCAGCUGGUCCACACGUCUGGCCUGCACGACCCUCAAAACUCCAGAAACUCCCGAAAGCUGUGUGUGACCGUGGAGCCGCCGCUGCUGCUGAAGGGAGACAUCAUGGUGAAGUGCUUCCACAGACGUAGCUCUGCAGAGAGAGAGGAGGUUUUCAGGAUCCAGUUUCACUCGUGCGCUGUUCACGGAGCUCAGCUGAUCUUCAAGAAGAGAGACCUGGACCACGCCUGCAACGAUGACAGAUUUCCCGCAGACGCUACAGUGGAGUUUCUGUUCUCAAACGGACCAGAGAAAAUCAAAGGUCGAGAGUCGGGUCAGAGUGAGUCCUCUGUGAAAGUGGACCGCGACGUGUCUGAUGCAGUGAUGAGAUGGGACUCGUACGAGAACUUCAACCUGCACCACGAAGACAGUGUAGAGAACAUCAGUCACACUCGGGGCCCUCUCGACGGCAGCCUCUACGCUCAGGUCCGUAAGCGCCGAGGACCUGGCUCCGCCCCCAAAUCCUCUGGAACCAAUGGCAGCCUCCGACACGGCCCCACAGUGAGGCCCGUCCCCAGUGCCCCACGCCCACUGCCCUCCAUUCCUCUUGAAGAACCGGAGGAGAGGAAGGAGAACCACAGAGAAACCGCCAUUCUAGAUGACGCAGAUGAGAAGAGAGAGCACCGCUGUUUCCAAAGUGGCCACAAGAGUGCGCCGCGCGAGAAGGAGCCCUGCCUGGUGAGCGCGCACUGCCACAACCGCUGCAACUGUGUGAAGAACAACAUCCCCAAGAGUCGGACGCUGCCGGCGCUGGCCUCCAGGGCGGUGACAGAGGGUAACAAGAUGUCCUCUUCUCAGUUGGAGCUCUGCCAUCGCCGCAGUCAGGACGUCCCGCUGCAGCGCUCCUCUCUCGCUCCUCUGGCUCUGAAUCAGCCCUACGUGUUCCAGAAGUGCUUCCAGUACCCCCAGAUCGACCACCCCCUUCCCCCCUCAGCCAGGCUCUGCCCGGGGUCGGACUUCCAGCUGUAUUUCCCGAGCGCCGGUCCGACAACGCACCUGUCCCAGCCUGCGCUCUCCUCAGGCCCCUACAGGGAGCUGUUCAUCGGGCCCUCAGCUCCACCCUGCCCCUGUGCAGACUGCUCCUCCAGGGGACCGGCCCGCACAUUCCACACCACACAGGACCAAGCUCCACACUGGGCUCCAGGGACCAGGCAGAGGGAGUUGUGGGAGAAUCCGUGGCAAAGAGAAGCAGACUUUUGGCAUUACCACAAACCCCCUGCUCAGGCCUUCCACUCUUGCCCAGCGACGGUCAGCCCCAGUCCAGCCUUAGAACAGCGGAGGUUCCCCUGCAGAGCUCCAGGACCCCCCCAGGUCUUCCUCAGUCCACUGGCCCAGAGCGAGCCGCGUCUCUCCUGCGCUGCUUCUCAGACGGGGACCGCGGACAGCCCUGUGAGCCGAGGCUACGUAUCCGGCUCCAACUCCCCUCAUCCGGCCAGCACCCCAUCCCCUGGGAGAGCCUCUCUGCCUCCGGAGCCGACCUCAACCCCCCAGAGUCCAAACAGAGGCCAUCAUAGCCCAGACUCAUCGGGAGCAGAGCGCGAGGAUCAGAGGUCGCCAGAGUCUGAACACGACUACACCGUGAUCAGCAGCAGCCCCACCUGCACACGGGACAGUGUGACUCCAGACAGCAGCGCGGCUCAAAGUCCAGACUCCAAACUUGGCUCCACGGACACUCCCGCCCCUUCACAAAGCCAAGAUCACCACAGCCCAGACGUGGUCUCCAGCCCAGACCCGGUGUCCAGUCCAGACCCAGUGUCCAGUCCAGACCUGGUCCACAGCCCAGUCCAAGUCCAGAUCAACGGCUCUGCUUUACCAAACCUGUGUGACGGCAUGAACACCUCCCCCAGCCCCACCUCCUCCCUGUCCUCUCCCUCCUCCCCCUCGCCCUCCGCAGAUCAAACCAGUCACAGCGGCCUCACAGCAGAGCCCAAAGCACCCUCUCCUGUCCCAGACGGGUACAGCACGCCCACCUUCCCUCUGGCGUCGUACUACUACCCUCUGCUGAACGUGCCUCAUGUGCCCUACACCGGGUAUACCGCCGUGACCAUCCCCAGCCAACCGCCUCUGCCCCAGAAGAGGAGGGCAGCCAAUCCCCCAAACCCAAACCCAAACCCGCUCCUCACCCAGGCAGCCAACGGCCACGCGGCGUUGCACAGGGUGUCGUCCGCGCCUGCACCCAGCCACAGUGCGUUGCUUGUGGUCAGUGGAGCGGAGCAGAGGAGGGGGUCCGCUCAGUUGGAGGGGGACAUCCGGGUCAAUGCAAAGUUCGUCCAGGACAGUUCUAAGUUCUGGUACAAGCCGGGGAUCUCCAGGGACCAGGCCAUCGCGGUGCUGAAAGAGAAGAGGCCUGGAUCGUUCCUCAUCCGGGAUAGUAACUCCUUCCAAGGGGCCUACGGACUGGCCCUCAAAGUGGAGACAGCGCCCCCUAACGCCAACAUGACUGCCAAUAAAGGAGACCCUCUGGAGCAGCUGGUCCGGCACUUCCUCAUCGAGACCGGGCCGAGAGGAGUGAAGAUCAAAGGCUGUCAGAACGAGGCCUACUUCGGAAGUCUGUCUGCUCUGGUGUUCCAGCAUUCGAUCACUCCUGUGUCUCUGCCCUGUGCCCUGCGCAUCCCAGAAAAAGAUCUGGUGGGAGAAAUGGAGGAGAUUCAGAGUGUGAGCAGCACCAGCACCGCAGCCUCCUUACUGCGGCAGGGAGCAGCGUGCAACGUCUUGUACCUGAACUCGGUGGAGACUGAGACUCUGACUGGUCCAGAGGCGGUUUCCAAGGCGUCCAAAGUCACGCUGUCGUUGAUCCCGCGUCCCGUGGCAACCGUGGUCCACUUCAAAGUGUCCGCCCAGGGAGUUACGCUAACCGACAGCAAACGCAGGUUGUUUUUCAGACGACAUUAUCCCAUCAACACAGUCACAUUCAGCAGUUUGGACCCUCAGGACAAAAGAAUGUUUGGCUUCGUGGCUCGUCGCACCGGCAGCUCGUCUGGAAACAUGUGUCACCUGUUCGCAGAGAUUGACCCGGAGCAGCCGGCCGUGGCUAUCGUCAACUUCAUCAACAAAGUCAUGUUAGCACCGCAUUUACGCAGAUAG